UCAAACCGAGGCCUGAUGACAAGCAGCUGACCUGAACGCUCAGAUUUGUUGACAACUUCGACUGUUGUGGGCUUUACAACAGAUUUUGCCAAAUGUGUAGAGUUGUAGGGUCGCCUGAAGAAAACUUAAGUGACCUAAAGCUUCGUUGGACCAAACUAGUGGCACAAAAGGACCCCCAGACGCCUGAUUGUUGAGAAGAGAGUAUGGAAAAGUCUGAGGGAGGGGGGCGCCUUGGCGGAACCGGGCGGAGACUUCCGGGUUGGAAGACAUGGCUUCUUCUUUUCCUCUCAACAGUGUUCCAGAUCUCCCAUGUCUGUGGCGAAGAUCGGGACAUCCUGGCCUCCUCCAGCAGGGUUGGCGGGGAGGUCUGUACAGACGAGAAGCGCCACGGGCCCCGCGGUCGCAUCCUCAGCCCAAACUACCCUCUCAGCUAUCCCAGCAACACCGAGUGCAACUGGUACAUCAAUGCCAACCCUGAUGAUGUCAUCACCAUCAGCUUUGAAGACUUUGACCUAGAAGCAGCUGAAGACUGUGGCUAUGACAGUCUGGAGAUCGGGCCGGUGGUGUCUGCAGGGGAGCAGUAUGUGAAGUACUGCGGCAGCUACGAUCCUGUUCCACCGCCGUUUCUGUCCACACGAGACCACGUCUACAUUAAGUUCUACAGUGAUCCAAGCACUGUGGGGAGGGGAUUCGCACUCACAUACAUAACUGGUCCCCAGAAUGUUGCAAGCUGCCAGCAGGAUGAGUUCCACUGUGACAACGGGAAGUGUGUGCUGAGCUCAUGGACCUGUAACGGCAUGGAUGAAUGUGGGGACAACUCAGAUGAAAAGGACUGCACAGACAUCCACCGCCCCACCCCUCCCCCCCACGUGUCCCCAUGUGGUGCUGACCAGUACCUGUGUGUGGACCUGCACACCGGCAGGGACGCCUGCUUCUGGGACUUCACACGCUGUGAUGGGAAACAGGACUGUGCAGAUGGGCAGGACGAACACAACUGUGGAGGAAUUGUCCAUUGUGGUGGAAUCCUGAGCAACACAUCGGGAGGCUUUUCCUCUCCCAACUAUCCUCAUGACUAUCAAAACAACCUGAGCUGUGAUUGGAUCAUCACCAUACCAAAUAUGGUUGGUGUUGUCAUUCAACUGAGAUUCGUGGACUUUGCCCUUGAGAACCACCCAGCCACUGACUAUGUCACUGUGUAUGAUGGGGACACAGAAGAUGAGGAUGAGCUGGGUGUGUACUAUGGCAGUAACCCUUCCAUUGGAGUGAUCGAGUCAUCAGGGCCUCAUAUGUUGGUCAGAUUUCACUCGGACAGCUCUGGAACCAACAGGGGCUUCUUGGCAAGUUACCAGAUCAAAGGUCGGUGUCCAGCAUUACAACAGCCAUGUGAGGACCACAGCGCCUGUUACAGCUCUGAGGACAGGUGUGAUGGCAUCUGGGUGUGCCGAGAUGGCACAGAUGAGAAGGGCUGUGACAUGUGUGGAAGUGGAGAGGUCCCAUGUGGGGGUCCAUCCAAGCGUUGUUACCCAGAGGGACAUCACUGCAAUGGGGAACCCUUCUGUGAUGGUGGAAGGGAUGAAACUAACUGUGACUCCUGCAGCCCGGCAGAAGGAACGUUCCACUGCCGGAACAGGAGGUGUAUCUAUGAGAAGUGGGUGUGUGACUCCCAGGACGACUGUGGGGACGGCUCAGAUGAGGAAGGCUGCAAAGUGUAUGUGUCUGAGAAAGUGAUCACAGCUGCUGUGAUUGGCUCCAUCGUGUGCGGCCUGCUUCUGGUGAUCGCUCUCGGCUGUACGUGUAAGCUGUACGCCCUCCGUCUGCAGGACGAUCCACGGUACCAGUCCACCCGGUUUGACACACCGAUGAUGCGCCUGCAGCACGAGCUGAACCGCCGGGAGGCCCCGCCCUCCUAUCACGUCGCCGUGGCAUCUCACGGACCUCGGCAGUUCCAAGAGGCCCACACGGCGUUCACUCAGCACGUGCAGGCAGCCAUGAACAUGAGGCCAGGCCGGCGGCUACAACAGAUGCGGCAGUUCCUGCGCCGUAGUCGAAGCAGCGAGUCAACAAGCACUGCCCAGGCUGUCAUCACCGGGGAGAGCCAAGAACGGAUCGCGCUCACGGUCACCCGAUCCAGCGAGAGCAUGCAGAGCACCGUGAGUGACCGGGUAGAGGUCACCCGACAGGCUGACGGGUCGCUCAGAAUUCGGGCGUCUAUCAGCUCUGCAGGAAAUUCCUCGGAUUCUGAGGACACCGACAACGAAACCAACCGAAUCAUUGGAGAAAGUGAACCCCCCAUGGGUGCUGCUGCUGCUGUCCCAGAGUUCCAAGCUCCACCCAUCAGCAAGACUAGUUUCCUGCCCCCCUCCCCACCCAGGUUUCCACCUGUAAGCAUUGCUGCUCUGCCGUCCACAUCUCGGCAAGAGGAAGACCUGCAGAGCCGUGGCAGCAGAAGCUCCAGUGACUCGGAACUGUUGGAUUUAGGGGCAGAUGUGGGGAGCAGCAGUGCUACUGUUGUCAUCCACUCCAGCAGCCAGCCUUUCUCCCAAAGAUCUACAGGAGAUGGAAGAAGCUUUCAAGUUCACGAAGCUCCAAAUCUCAAUGGCGGUGGAGGACCUAGUGAUGAUGAUGAAGAUACCAGAAGCUCACGCUCGCAGUCUAUGGAGUCUGUCAGUUCGGAUGGGUCGGUUGGGUUUCAUGUCGACAACGGGCAGCUGCCACUUCUGCAACAGACAGGAGAGGAAAGCUCCUGUUAACCUGCUGACAAAAUCCUCCUGCAGAAAAUUAUCUAUGCCAGUUACUUUUGUACUGAAAGUGCUAUUCAACUAGAAAAUCCUCUGAAUAUUCCUAGCCAAAAGAGAGAGCUUUUAGUCUUGACUAUAAAACCUUGAGACGAAUCAGUGCCAAGUAACAAGGCCCUCUGUUAAGAGAGAUGGAAAAUCAUAUAUGUAUAUAUACAGAUGUAAAAAUCAUAAACAGAAAUAUACUCAGAGAAAAACCUAGAUAACAUGUUUGCACUGAAGCCAUUACAUGUCCAAGACAUGAAAGGGACUCAGGUGAUUUCCAAUGUGAUAAUCCAUGACUGUAUUUUUUGUUUGCCAACAAUCUAUCCUCUUGUAAGACAAGAAUCCCCUAAGAUUUUUAGUUUUGCCAUUAGUUUGUUAUCUUACUGUCAUUUUUCCACAUUUUUAAUCUUUAAGUUUUACUUGUUCUUGGAGCAGACCAGCCCUCCUAUGUCAAAUGAGCUCCAUCAUUUUGUAGCAAUUUAGGUAACAGUGCAAUAAUUGUAAGUUUUUAACUACUAUGUUGAGGUUUGCCUUACCAAUAUAAUAUGUUUGCAAUGCAUAUUACGGCCAAGAUGCAUUACAAUAGCGCUUCCAUGUUAUGAGUUUUCUGCCAUAUUAAGUCUCAUUUAUCCUAUUUUAGCCAAUGUUGAUGCCAUAUACAUAAGGAAAAUGAGCAUUUUAACCAAGCCAAGGUAUGGGAAUUGUUGUUAUUAUCCUGACUGAUGUGAGAAUGUUCCCAUGGUAUGAGCUGUAAAUAUGGAUGUAUCCUAAUGUACAGAGAGAUGUCAAAUAAAUGUAUAAACAGAUU